AUGGCAAUGGAUCGGAUGCCAUCCGAUGACCAUAAAAUUGUAAUAAAAGCCGACAAAACCCCAACCGGACAACAUGCAAGACGUUUUAACGCACCAACAAUAGACGAAGUAGCAAUAGUCGUUGUAGGAGAGAAUUUGGCAUCCAGGGAUAUUGUACUACACCGGCGAAAUGAUCAACUGCUCCGGGUGCAUGAGACGCAUCGCUCAUAUGACGCUUUGCAGUAUCCGCUCAUAUUCUGGCAAGGCGAAGAUGGUUACCACUUUUCAAUCAAAAUGAUAAACCCAUUCACAGGUAUUGAAACGAACAAGAAAGUUAGUAGCAUGAACUAUUAUUCGUAUAGAAUGAUGGUGCGUGAAAACGAAGCCAAUCACAUAUUGCAAUGUGGCAAGUUAUUUAAUCAAUAUGCUGUUGACAUGUAUGUCAAAGUAGAAACUGAACGGUUAACAUUCAUACGUCUUAACCAACAAAAACUGCGAUCUGAAGAAUAUAUACAUCUGCGUGAUGCUAUCAAUGCAGAUGGAAAUGCGAAUAACGUCGGCCGGAUGACAAUUCUUCCUGCUACGUACGUUGGAAGUCCGCGCCACAUGCAUGAAUAUGCACAAGACGCCAUGUCCUAUGUACGUAACUACGGACGACCAGAUUUAUUUGUAACAUUUACAUGCAACCCGAAAUGGGUAGAAAUACAACAACUACUAUUCGCUGGACAAACACCCAUGGAUCGACACGAUAUUACCGCUCGAGUGUUUAAGCAGAAACUUAAAUCACUCAUGGAUUUCAUCGUGAAGUUUCGCGUACUAGGAGAAACACGCUGCUGGAUGUACUCCGUCGAGUGGCAGAAAAGAGGACUACCCCAUGCUCACAUUCUAAUCUGGUUAAUUGACAAAAUAAGGCCUGAUGAAAUAGAUGCCAUCAUUUCUGCGGAAAUACCAGAUCCAUCGAAUGAUCCAGAACUGUACGAAAUAGUGAAGAAAAAUAUGAUUCACGGUCCAUGUGGGAAUUUGAAUAAGAAUUCACCAUGCAUGAUUGAAGGAAAAUGUAGCAAACGUCGACGAUCAACUGAGGAAAAUGGGCGUACAACAACCGUGCAAGUUAAUCAACAAGAAAUUGAGGUUGAUAAUCGUUGGGUUGUGCCAUAUUCUCCCCUGCUGUCAAAGACAUUUAAAGUUCACAUCAACGUUGAGUAUUGCAAUUCUGUAAAGUCUAUUAAAUAUAUUUGCAAGUAUGUAACAAAGGGAAGCGACAUGGCGGUGUUCGGGGUUGAAUCUGGUAACUCCAAUGAUGAAAUCAUGCAAUAUCAAAUGGGUCGUUAUAUGAAUUGGGACGACGACGAAGAUGACAAUGGAGGAGAUCCACAAUUGAUGGCUCCUCCAACAACUGCAAUAGAAAAAAGGAAACUCCGAUCGAACAAAACUUCAGGGAAAAACGACAGUGACGAGGAAACAAAUAAAAGUAAACGAAACAAGACAACUGACAAUGAAAUGCAUAACGGAAACAAAAUGGCGGAUUUGAGCAAGACCAAACGUGAUCCCUCGUUCAAUCAAGCGACGGGCGCCAUUGCAAACACCACAGGGAAGACCGCUUGA